AUGAAACAAUCAAAGCCAUUGAAUCGAAAGAGCAAACUUCCCGAGAGGAAACUCGAUUCCUCCUGGCACAUGGCGUCCAUUUACAAGGAACCGAACGUCAUUGUCCGUGGAGAGAGCAAGCGGAAAACCAGCCAAGAUUCGACUAGCAAGAGCUCGGCGCAUGAAGAUUUGGAAGAUCCACGAACGCUGUUUGACUUGCGAAACGAGGCCCACCGGUUAUCUGUGCAACUGGCAUCUCAAACGGAACUCUCGGCCAUGGAUUCUUCUACGUCUCCCUGCUGUGGUGGCCAUACGACGAAUGUUGGCGAUGCUAGUAAAACCAGCCUUUCUUCUCUUCCAACCUCGGUGGCGUUGCGUGAAAACCACAAAGAUAUAAAGGGCAACAACAACGAUGAUGAGCAACGAAAGAAACAGUGGUGGCGGUGGUGCAAAUCACCAUUGUGUCUACGACUGGCGCAAGAACACGGAGGAGACUAUUUUGGUAGGACCCUCCAAGCCAUUCGGGUGGCCUUUGGAUCGGCAUUGAUCUUUGGGACCUUAGUGGUACCAGAGGCUACCGCGCCAUUGGGGGCGGCCUGGAUUGGCCACAUUUGGUACCACGUUAACAUUAGCACCAGUCUCGGAGCUGCAUUGCCCAAGGUGAUUGCCUUUUCGAAGAGCAUCGUGCUGGCCACCUUGGUGUCGUGGCCCGUGGCGUAUGGAUUGAGCUUUUUGGACUCGCAUCAACAGUCGAUUGUCUUUCCAUUUGCCGUCUUGUUUUUGUCAUUACUCAUCAUGACAUGUCCCCAAAUUACGACCAAUUCGUUGAUGCUGGUGGUCAUGUACGUUAUCGUGGCGUCACCCUUUGGAGGGUGGAUUUGGUGGAAACCCAUGGCAUGGGCGGGAUCCUAUUUUAUUUGUCUGGCCAUUGCGGUACUGGUGAACAUCUUUCCAAUUCCCAAUCUGGCUCUCAGCAAGUCUUGUCGCCAAUUGAACCGAUUUGAAAAGGACAUGACCAUGUUGUUAUUGUCGACCAAGGACUACUCCAACAACAAUGGCACCAACGUCAAGCGAGCGAGACAGGCUAUUUCGACUAUUGAAUUCAUGUCGACCCGUAUUGCUGCAACCAUUGCUUCCCUCAAGGAGGAAUUGCCAGCGACCAAGGUGGAAUUGCGCUUGUUGCGAUGGAGAAGUGGUGCUCAGGCGGGUCGAGAUUUGGAAGCUUGGGUUCAACAAGCCGAAAACCUACUACACCCACUCCAGCAACUGCGAGCUGCACUCAUGCAAAAGGUACUCGGAGAAGACGGCAAUUACUCCAGUCCUGCACUGGCUCAAGCCAAGGUGACUCUCAAUACAGAAAUUGCUCCUAGCCGAGACCGAUUGGUCGAUGCGAUGGUGGUUUCGAUUGCAGUCUGCCAUGCUUGGGCUCACCCUUCUGAACAUGGGACCAUUUUACCAAAUGUCAAGGCGGAACUACGGCAAGCGCUAUUGGCUUGUGAACAUUCCUUUCACGUGGCCAUUUGCAAAGCUGCUCACAAAGUGGAAGGAUCCUCGCACCGAGAACAAACCCCCUUCUUUGCACACUUGACGCGGCGAAUGUCCUCCUUUCAUUCCCUCUUUGCCUUGGCGGAAAGUCUUUUAAGAUAUUUAGAGGUUCAUGAUGUACCAAAGCAACUAGAUGACGGCACAAGGGACGAUAUGGUGCAAGAACUACCCAAGCGCAAGUGCUGCAAUCCAGUCCGACAAAAACUUGGCGCCUUCAUGGCAUUUUGGCUACAAAAAUGGAAAUGGCACAACGAAGACGACCGUCGCAUGGCACUCAAGACUGGUCUAGGAAUGGUGUUUGCAUCCUUUUUUGUAUCCAUGCCUUACCUCAAAGAAAUGGCUGCUCCCUAUGGAACCUGGCCUGGAAUUACCAUCGCUUCGGUGAAUUUGGCGACAACGGGGAGUUCCUUUCAAAAGGCAGCUGAUCGUCUCAUGGCGACCAUGAUUGCAGGUGCCUUUUCACUCAUCGUGGGGGACUUUUUUCAUAACAACGACGUCUUCAAGAUUGUGACACUGGUCCUCUUCACCUUGGUUAUGAUCUAUCUUCGGACUCCCGAACAUGCCUACAUGUACACCUACUCUUGUAUCAGUGUCGCUAUGAUGCUGUUUGGUAGUGUCAAGACGGGAUACAAUAUUGAGGGCUAUGUUCCAAAACGAAUCGAGAUGAUCUUUAUUGGUGUCAUCAUCUUUGCCUUUACGGAGCUACUAGUUUUUCCUCGAAGCAGUCGAAAGAUUGUACAAUCGACCAGUCUCGACUUUUGCAUGACCAUGAGAGACUUUUUGCGUCAAGCAGUUCGUUGCUCGGAGAAACUGGAAGCACAUGUUAACGAGUCGAAAGAAUAUCCUCAACAUGGGACCAACAGCGUGAUGAACGACUCCAAGGAUCCAUUCCACUCGCAGGUUCUUUUUGAAAUCCAUUCCAAGUUGAAGGCACAGGCGGACAAAUUAUCCAACGAGAUUGAUUCGGCUAUUGCCGAGCCGUCUCUUGGCAUGGGACAGAGACUCCAAGCAGACUCCUUCCGUCGACUUGUACGACAGCAACGAAGCUGUGAACGACAAGCUGCCUUGCUUUGCAACACACUCAGCAAACUGGCUCAGUACUAUCUGCUAGGAGAGCAUUCAAUUCGUGACAGCUUUAGCAAAUGGGCACAUGUUCACCGAACCACCCUACUGGAAGCUUCCGCGAUGAUGGAUUCCAUAUGUUGUUGGCUCGAAUCUGUCUUUGCCGAUGGUCGCAUUCGUGCACAAGAAGGGAACUCGGUCAAGGCGGUCAAUGCCGCGUCGACCUUUCGAUCCUUGGAAGAUGUUCGUCUGAAAAUUGUGUCGGACUGGUCCAAGUCCUUUGACGACUUUGUGCAACACAAUGGCUUUGAAGAAUCCGAGCCGGAAGCUGUCAUGACUCUUGGCAUUACGACUACUACCAUCUUGGAGUUAUGUCGACACAUGCAAGAGGCAGGGAAGAAUAUUGAAGAAAUUGCCUAUCAUUUUCCCACCUUUCAAUGA